GAGUGCCAGCUCAGAGGCACAGCCCCGCUCCUGAAGUCAGUCCCUCGCUGCUUCCCCCUUUGAGCUCUCAGCUGAGGCACUGGAGAUGUAAUAAAGGGUCCAAGAGCAGCUCGAGCAGUGAAGUGGGACGCCGCACACUCGGCUAGGAACAAGGAUAUGAAGGCGACCUUAGCAUUAAGAGGGAGCAAGAUGAGAAUUGUGCCGUUCGUUUUGAUUUUUGCAGCGGUGUCUCACAAUGCUGUGGAACUCUGUGAAACAGGACAAUAUACCAAUGAUGGGAAAUGCUGUUCCAUGUGUCCUCCUGGGGAAGGGGUGAAGACACCAUGUGGAGCUGAAGACACGGAAUGUGAGCAAUGCAUGGACAGUGUCUCUUAUUCAGAUGUUUCAAGCCACACUGAACCCUGCAAACCUUGCACAAUGUGUUUAGGUACAAGAACCAUUGAAAUCCCUUGCAUGGAUAACUUUGAUACAUCCUGUAUUUGCAUGGAUGGAUAUUAUGAGGAUCCUGAUAAUGUAGGCGGACAGUGCCUUCAGUGUGAUCUCUGCGACGAAGGAUAUGGGGUACUGGAACGGUGUGCUUAUAAGCAGAACACAAUCUGUGAGAAAUGCCCUCCAGACACUUUUUCUGACCAGAAGAGCAGUGCUGAUCCUUGUCUACCCUGCACAGCCUGUGAAGAAAAUGAAAUUUUAAUUUCGGAAUGCACUCCUGUCAAAGAUGCAAUGUGUGCCUCAGCUUACAAUCCAAGAUUCACCCGGGUGAACACAGUAGUACCUCUAAAAAGCGUCACAACAACAGAGAUAAUGACCACCACUGCUGUUCCAAGUUCUCCACAGUUUAUUGGGCAGGGCAACAAUAACAGCAUCAUUCCUGUUUACUGUUCCAUCCUGGCUGCAGUUGUGGUGGGACUCGUGGCCUAUGUGGCUUUCAAACGAUGGAACAGCUGUAAGCAAAACAAGCAGGGAGCCAAUAACCGGACAGUAAAUCAGACACCCUCUCCUGAGGGUGAGAAACUGCACAAUGACAGUGGAAUCUCGGUUGACAGUCAGAGUCUACAGGAGCAACAACAGAAACUACAGCAGCAACAACAGCAACAGCAGCAACAACAGAACCAAGCUGCACGAGUAGAGCCAAGUCUUUAUACCGCCCUCCCUCCCCACAAGCAGGAGGAGGUGGAGCAGCUGCUGAACAGUUGCAAGGAGGAUGCACAAUGGUGCAACCUGGCCGGUUUGCUGGGAUAUAAUGAGGAGCAUAUAGACACUUUCAAGCAGGAAGAACACCCUGUGCGUGCCCUCCUCUCCGACUGGGCAGCCAAGGACUCUGCCACCACGGACGCACUUUGCACUGCCCUACGGAAACUGAAAAGGGACGACAUCGUCGAAACCCUCAACAGCGAACCCACAGCUACAUCCGCUGUGUGAGAGUGAACGAGUCAGCAACAGCCUUAAUUCUCCGCCUGACUGUUCCUUUUGGAAUUGGAAACAAAAGAGUGGAUAUAACAGAACGUCUGAAGGAAAAGGGAGUUCAGUCCUAUGCUUAAGAACACCCUAACGUGCACUGAUGCAUAACUUUCAGUAUUGUGCUGCCUUCUCCCAUUUAAAAAGUGACUGUGUGCCGCAGAAGCAGAAAGCGCUUUCAUGUAAUUAUGUCAAAUGUUGUCUUUUCUGUAACCACCAGAAAAAAAAUAUCACAUGCACAUUUUCAAAUGGGCCAGGUUUUAUUAAACCCGAGAGCUAAAAUGGGACAUAUGUGUAAAUGUCGAAGCAUGGACAUUUAAUCUUCUUUGUGCCUCAGCACUCUUUGCUGAACAGAAAAGUGUGUUAGUCUUGUAAAUUGUUAGCAGCCCCCUCUGCAUGUAUCCAGAUAGUGUUUGUGUAACUAAUUCUAGCAUAGUCCAAGUACCAGAGAUGUUCUGGCUAAUUCCUAGUCCAGGAUGUUUGUGCGUCUUUUCAUGUGAGGUCUCUGAAACUUUAGGUGUAUUAAUUUUAAUCUGAAAUGGCAAUGCAACAUGACUUUGGGAUUUUUAACAAUAAUCCAACCAUUUGUGAUUCCGUAUCAGGGAUGGAAAUAGCCAGGACAAGCUUAGUCGCAGUGUUAACAAGUAUGGGAGAUCUUAAUCAUUUGUUCUCACACUCAAACCACAUGGCAAUGAUCAAAAACAACUGGAGUCGAGGGGCACAACUCGGUGACCAAAGAGGGCAAUGUGACUCAUCACCUUUUAGAAUUCCUCCACCCAUUUCUUGAAACCAUUUCAGUUGUGUUUACAGAGGAUAGAAUUGAAAUAUCUCGGAUUAUUUUUCCAGUGCCUGUUCCAAGGUCAGACACAAUGCUAAUUUAUAAACAAUUUCCACUUAAAUCUGCACUUGGAUUCCUGACAGAAUGAGUAGGUUUAGCAUUUGAAAGAAUAAGCGUCUGUUCCUGAUUCUAGACCAAUAGCAGGAUGAUUACCAAUGCCGUUUGUCAUUUAGGAUCAAUGUUUAGUUUCGCAUUGUUAAUUUAAAAUAGUUAAGAAAUGCCACUAUGGCUAUCCCUGUGAGGCAGAAUGUCUAAACUAUUGUGCAUCACUUAGAUAAGAAUAACUGGCAUAUCCAAUCUUGCUAACACACUAUUUUCUUUUAAUAUUCAAAAUCAAUUACAGCUGUAAAAUGUGAGACCUGAAAACAGAAGUAAAUUGAAAAUGGUUAUGCAUGCCAAAAUCCAGCUCACAGGCCUAUGAUUGUGACUUCAGUGCCUAGUGGAGACCCAAGUCUUCAUGGAGAUAUCCCCUAAGAAGUGAAACCUGCUAUCCUUACCUUGUGUGGCCUAUAUGUAACUCCAGUCCUGCACCAACAUGCCCUCUGUAGUACCCUCGCAAGCCACUCAGUUGUAUUGAAAUCUUCUCAGGACAACUAGGGGUAGGCAAUAAAUGCUGGGCUUGGAAAUGAUGCCUAAAUCUUGAGAAUAGAUUUUUUUUAAAGACGCAUCUGUGAUGAGCCUGUUACUCUGAAUUAGUUGGUUAGUACAGAAGUUCCACUGGUGUCAGUAUGGCAACUUUAUUUUUUUCAUAUGGGUUAAGGAGAAUUUUUCAAUCUAGUUCUGUGCGAUGGGCGUUGUUCUCCAUCACUGGCUGAAUGUCAUUCUAUGGGUACUGUGGGGAAACCUCAUGCUGCAAGAAUCCACGGCUGUGGCUGAGAGGAAAGCCAUUAGGCCACCGGAUAAUUUUAAAAGUAUCCCAAAAGCUAAAAAUGUGUACAGAUGUCAGGGAACAAGUACAGCAUAAAGAGCAUUAACAUUUAUUGCCAGAUAGAGCUGUGUCUUUUCUGGAAACGUUCUCAAUUUCGGCAAAUUAGUUGUUAAAUAUUUCAUCUGAAGUCUCCAUUGCCAUGUUAAAAAUGUAUGAUUUUCUUUUAGAUUGCUGAAUGUCAAAUCUUUUACAAAUUAAUAAAGUUAACAGUAUUAUAAA